AAAUUAUUAUUUUUUUUGGCAGGCGAAAUUAUUAUUGAUAAACACAAAAUAGAUUAUUUCUCAAUUUACCAACCCAGUUUCGAUUGACAAUCAUCUUCUUCACCUUUAUCCCAGCUCAAUCUCCUUGCGAGCCUGAAUUACAGUUUGUAUCUGAAUCCGUAUAAUCUCGAUACAUGACCGAUUCCAUUUUCACGGAGCCUCCUGAUUUAGAAUCAUUUCCGACACUUUUACUUAGGGUUUAAUUGCAUUUUCAGUUUGGCUUGGAUUGAUUCACAUCACAUCAUUGUCCCUGUACAGCUUUGGAUGUAAAGUCGAUGUCUGCUGGAUUGUUUUCAUUUAAAACUAAGACAUUGAGGCGUUUCAUGCACAUUCCUUAUUAAAAUAAGACUAUUGAUUGCGUUCGGAAAGAGUAGAAGAGGUAUGUAUCGGCCUGGGGCUGCAACGACCAUUCGUGGCGGAGUGCCUACUGAUAGUGUAGAUUCGGUGGUGACGCUCGAUCAAGUUCCCCGGUGGAUUGACGCAGAGCAUAGGUACUUGUACGAGAACGAAGACCCUGCGUUUCCUAAUUCAUAUUUCCCAGAUCCUUUGGCCUCUGCUUCUGGGGCUGAGAAUAAUGGAAAUGGAGCUCUUUCCAAGUUUCCAGUGGAUCGUGAUGUUAAUUCGAAGAUCUAUUUGUGGAGAGGGGACCCUUGGUAUCUUGAAGUGGAUGCUGUAGUUAACUCAACCAAUGAGAACUUAGAUGAAGCUCACAGCAGCCCUGGUCUACAUGCUGCAGCUGGACCUGAUCUUGCAGAAGAAUGUGCAACACUGGGUGGCUGCAGAACAGGAAUGGCAAAAGUCACUAAAGCAUAUGAUCUUCCAGCUAGAAGGGUUAUACACACAGUUGGUCCUAAAUAUGCUGUCAAAUAUCAUACAGCAGCAGAAAAUGCCCUAAGUCAUUGCUAUCGCUCUUGCCUUGAACUCCUGAUUGAGAAUGGCCUUCAAAGUAUUGCAAUGGGCUGUAUUUAUACAGAAAACAAGAAUUAUCCACGAGAGCCAGCUGCUCAUGUGGCAAUAAGAACUGUUCGGAGGUUUCUUGAGAAACAGAAGGAUAAGAUAAAUGCAGUAGUGUUUUGUACAACAACUUCAUCUGACACAGAGAUAUAUAAGAGAUUGCUUCCACUCUACUUUCCUCGUGAUAAGCAGGAAGAGGAUAUUGCCAUUACAAAACUUCCUGCAGAUGUUGGGGAUGAGAAUGGUGAAACAGUUAUAGACGAACGUAAAAUCAGAAUAAAGCCGCUACCUAAGACAAAAAAGUCUGUUCCAAGAGGACCACAACCCAUUGCUGAUAUCCCUGUCACUGAUGUUGGAUUAACAAGACGGAGCUCUUCCCAUUUGGACUCAUAUCUGGAUCCUGCUUUUAUGUCCCUUAUCAAGGACCCCGACCAGCGCAGGAAAGAACAGUGGGAAAAAACCACUGAAGAGCAAAACCGAUGGAAUUGCUUCAAAAUGCUUGGAUAUGGUAACCUUGGUGGGCCCCAAUUAUCAGCUGCUGAAGAAUAUUCUCUUCAUUCCAGAUAUCUUGCUAAAGCAAAUUCAUUGAAUCUGUUAGAUAUUACAGAAAUGAAGAUCAUUUACCGGGGUGGUGUCGACAGUGAAGGCCGCCCAGUUAUGGUGAUUGUAGGAGCACAUUUUCUCCUAAGAUGUCUUGAUCUAGAUAGGUUUAUUCUUCAUGCUGUAAAGGAGUUUGAGCCAUUGAUUCAGAAGCCUUAUACUAUUGUUUACUUUCAUUCUGCAGCUUCAUUACAGACGCAACCAGAUCUGGGAUAUAUGAAGAGAUUACAACAAAUAUUGGGACGGAAACACCAACGCAACCUUCACGCAAUAUAUGUCCUUCAUCCAACUUUUGGACUAAAGGCUGCCAUUUUCGCAUUGCAACUGCUUGUGGAUAAUGAGGCAUGGAAAAAAGUUGUAUACGUUGAUCGCCUUCUCCAGCUAUUCCGAUAUGUUCCCCGUGAACAGCUCACAAUUCCAGAUUUUGUGUUUCAGCAUGAUUUGGAAGUUAAUGGUGGAAAGGGUCUAAUCGUGGAUCCUAGAACAAAAUAUGUUCAUCCAAGGCCAUGAUGUAUUAUCUUUCAUGUUCAUAUUUUUUCUCAGCAGAAAUAACAAGUCAUCGAAUUAAAAUGCAGAUAUCCAUUUAUACCUUGCCAUUUUUUCUUUAUUCUUCAUUUGUGCAAUAUCUGCAUUUUAUUAAAUCUUUGUUCCUUGCAGGUUUAUUUUUAGAGGAACAAAAUCUCUUGUAUGCCUGAAGGCAAUAGAUUCCUACUUAUACGCCUCACUGUAAAAUUUAUAAGAAUUCAUCUUUUCCAUAUUGUCUACCUUUCAUCCAAUAAAAAAGAAUACAGCUUAUUGUUAUGAUUCAGAUCUGAUCAUCCA